GUUCAGUUGUCUCUGAGUAGAGACACAGACGAUAAGAUUUAACUUCAUUACAACUCAACUCUCAACUGAGGGAGGAAAGUUACAGGACGGAGGACAGAAGUACUCUGAAGAACUCUGAAGUACUUUAACCUGCUGCUGAAUGUAAACUCUCAAAGACUCAAAGUGAAAGUAACUGAGGGGACUUUUUACAACACAGCGGGGAAACACUGACUUCCUGUCAUAACGUGCUGCUUGCUGUUUCCAGAGAAAAAAUGGCUUCCAGAUUAGAGGAGGAUCUCUGCUGUCCUGUCUGUAAUGAAAUCUUUAGAGAUCCUCUUGUUCUGUCAUGCAGCCACAGCUUCUGUAAAGACUGUCUAAAGAGCUGGUGGACAGAGAAACCAACAUGUGAGUGUCCAGUUUGUAAGAGAAGAUCUUUGAGGGAACCUCCUUUAAACCUGGCUUUAAAGAACCUGUGUGAGAGUUUCUUACAGGAGAGAGAUCAGAGAUCUUCAGAGGCUCUCUGCAGUCUGCACUCUGAGAAACUCAAACUCUUCUGUCUGGACCAUCAGCAGCCAGUGUGUCUCGUCUGCAGAGAUUCAAAAAAACAUACCAACCACAAAUUCAGACCCAUCGAUGAAGCUGCACGACAACACAAGAAGAAACUUCAGGAAACUUUGCAGCCCUUAAAGGAGAAGUUAAAGGUUUGUGAAGGAGUUAAAGUGAAGUUUGAUCAAAUAGCAGAACACAUGAAGGUCCAGGCCCGACGCACAGAGAGGCUGAUUAAGGAGCAGUUUAAGAAGCUUCACCAGUUUCUAGAAGAGGAAGAGGAGGCCAGGCUGGCUGCUCUGAGUGAGGAAGAGGAACAGAAGAGUCAGAUGAUGAAGGAGAAGAUGGAGGCCCUGAGCAGUGAGAUAGCAGCUCUUUCAGACACAGUCAGAGCCACAGAGGAGGAGCUGAGAGCUGAAGACGUCUCAUUCCUGAACAACUACAAGGCUGCAGUGGAAAGAGUCCAGCAGCGCCCCCUGCUGGAGGAUCCACAGCUGCCCUCAGGAGCUCUGAUAGACGAGGCCAAACACCUGGGCAACCUGACCUUCAACAUCUGGAACAAGAUGAAGGACAUGGUCUCCUACACUCCUGUGAUUCUGGAUCCAAACACUGCUGAUCCAGAACUCAUCCUGUCUGAAGAUCUGACCAGUGUGAGACUAGGACAGAAACAGCAGCUUCCUGAUAAUCCAGAGAGGUUUGAUUAUUACGGCUCUGUUCUGGGCUCUAAGGGCUUUAACUCAGGGACUCACAGCUGGGAUGUCGAGGUUGGAGACAGUACAGACUGGAUACUAGGUGUGUUAGCAGAGUCUGUCCAGAGGAAGGGACCCAUACGGUCUGGAUUAUGGAGAAUAGGGUUCUAUGGAGGUAAAUACUAUGCACGGUCACCAUCAGCUCCACCCACUGAUCUUAUAGUUCAGAAGAAGGUCCAGAGGAUCAGAGUGAAUCUGGACUGGAACAGAGGAAAGUUGUCGUUCUCUGAUCCUGAUACUAACACACACAUACACACCUUCACACACACUUUUACUGAGAGGAUGUUUCCAUACAUUAACACUGUGGAUAAAGUCCCAGUGAAGAUAUCAUCAGUGAAGGUCAGUGUGACAGUGAGGCAGAGCAGGUAGUUGUUAUUAUUUGUCGCUAUUGAGUUUUAAAAUCUGCUUUUUGUUUCCAUUAUCAACCUUUUCAUGUGUAAAAUGUCACCAAAAAUAUCAUCUUUACUCAGUUGUUGUGUUUCUUCAUCUAUUCAUUCCUGAUAAUGAUCACCUCAUCAGCCGUUACCCAUUACUUAAACCUGUAAUCUGUAUUGAUAUAUCACAUGUUUUAAACAGCAUUCAGAUUGGUCAAAUGAGUCUGCAGUGACUCUAAACAUUGUAUUGUAAUUAUUACUGUACGUACAAAAUGUUUGAUCAAACAUUUUUGACUACACACCCAACACCAGCAGAAUGAUGUGUGAUUUUCUUCAGAUGAAUAGCGCCACUAUGUGUUCAGUUAUUAAGCAUUUUACAUUUUUGCUAAUAACUUAUGAACUGGUAGGCAUAAAAGAAACAUUUUAGUACAGUGUAUUCAUUGGAUGAUGACAAUUUUACUGAUAUAGGUCAGACCCUCAGGCUUCUGUUAAUCAUUGUAUCUUUGAUUUGUCUGUAUGUUCAUUAACAGUUGUUGUUAUAUACAAUUGUUUUUUGAUGCUCAGUGCAACUUUGACCCAACUUUGACAUUUUUAUUUUCUUGUAAGUCUAUCUGUACACUUUCAAACAUGAGGAGCUCCUGCUGUUAUCUAAUGUGAACUGCCUUGCUAUAUCUGCUCCUAAUGUUGGACUUUGAAGAUUCAUGCAUGUAAAUCUUUCUGCACGCAGGAACUGUUACUCUCCAGAAAUUACAUUUCCAAUGAAUAGACUUCAAUUUCAUAAACUGGGUAGUUUAUUAUGUAAUAAUACAUAUAAUAUAUUAUCAUUUAUUAUUGAUUAUAUUUUGUUUUAAUAUUCUAGUACAAGUGCUUCAAAAUUGUACUUAGGUACAGUACUUGAGUAAAUGUACUUAGUUACAUUCAAA